AUGAAUUUAUGUAUAUGGUUUAGAUCAGAUAUCGAAGACAAGGAUAACAAUAUCUGCAUAAUGCACAUAGAUAACAAUAUCCACAUAAUCCACAAAAACCCUACAACACAUCCAGGGAAACAAUAUUUGUAUGAGGAACGUUUACAAAUAAACCCUACAACACGUCCAGGAAAAAUAUAUUUGUAUGAGGAACGUUUACAAAUAGACGAUCACACACAACACGCAGAGAAAAACCCUGCUACACGUUCAGCGAAAAUAGACAACCAGACACAUCACGGACAGAAACCGUUUUCGAUAUCAGAUAUUUUGUUCUUCAACAAACCAUUUGUUCCCUUGUGGUUGAUAAACCCCACGUACUUCUAUGUCGAGAAAUACCUUCAAAUUUUGGGACAUUUACUAUAUGAUAGAUACUAUUCUGAACUCAAGGCACCAAAACACUAUUACGAUACUUCAAUAUGAGAAUAUUUUUCAUCUGAUAACGAAAGUACAUAAUCACGUAAGCAUCGAAUCGGAAAACUGAAAUAAUAAUUCACAUAACUCAAUCAUUUUUCGAUUUACCACAUUUUGCAUUGUUUGCACAAAAUUAUAAAUAAACAAUUGGACGAACGAAGUUCUAUAUUCUGUAUUUGAGAAUUUCAG